AUAAAAACAUAUAUCUUAUAAAACAAUUAGAAGAAAUUAUAAUGUGUGAUACAAUUUCCAUUUCGUCAGCCAUAUUGUUUUAAAAUCAUUGUAGACGAAAUAUUUAUAUUUUUUAUAAUCUCAAAUCAUGAAAGAGAUGUUAACAAAUCAAACUAGUUCAGGAUAUAGUAACCCUUUCGUUAAUAAUAAUGGAGACAGCAACAGCAACAAUACAAACGAUAAUAAUACAAGGAGAUAUGCUGUUCUUAGUACAGACUGGAUAUCUGCAAUUGGAGAAGAACUGGGAAUGCAUCCUUUACCAGAUUCUUUAUUAAAAAGACUCGCAGAAGAUGCCUCGUAUCGACUUAGAGAAGUUCUACAUAAAUGUGUAACAAGAUUAAAACAUAGCAAAAGAAAACGUCUAACGUCUACAGAUGUAAACGCUGUAAUUACCAAUUUAUGUGAUGUAGAUCCAGUAUUAGGAGCACCAGAAUCUCUACCAGAAUACCAUACAGAAGCAAAAGUCUUUGUUCCUAAUGAACGUAUUGUUAAUCUAGUACAAAAAAUAAAUGAUCCACUUAACAUAUUGCAAACUAGUAUACCCUUCAUUCAAGAAUCGGAAAUAUGUGAUACCAGACUAACAGAAGCAAGAAAUAAUUAUGCAAAACGCGCAUUGAAAACAUUAUUUAAUGGAUCUCAGAAAACAUUUCAGGUUCUAAUUAAUGAUUGUGCCACUAAUGUUCAUUUGAGUGGGGAAGGAGUAAUUGAUAAAUUAAUGUCUAUUGCUAGAUCUAUGAUAAUUUCGAAUAAUGUGCAAUACACAAGAGUAUCAACAAGAACAUGCCAACUUAUUAUUGCAAUUGCAAGCAACAGUGAAGCUGUUUAUCCAUAUCACUUAACUUCGGUUGAUAAGUUAACUGAAUUGUUAUUGGAAUUACUUUUAGGACAGAGUUUCAUAAAUCCAAACCUUGAAGCACUCUUUAAAGAAUGCACGCUAAAAUUAAUGCUUCGUUGGCCAUCUAUUGCUGAUAAAUAUAUCCCCAUGUUGGAGAACGUACUCUUAAAGGAAGAAAAGGUAGAUAUAAAUGGUAAUAAGAAACAUAUUUUGGUUAUGGAGCUAUUAGCUAGUAUUCAGCCUUUGAUGCUUUUCCAACAAGAGAUAGGCUCUCCACUCUCAGUACAUACUGUUUUAAAAUUUGCCUUACCUGGUUCUAUCCUGUGGCAAAAAAUAGCUCUUAGUAUUUGUGCUCUUAUAAAAUCACAAGCUCAUACUUUAGAUAUUGAAGCUUUCAUGGAACAUUAUGGAGAUUCUUUACUACCAUAUUUACCAUUUCGUUAUAAAAGUACGGUAAAUGGUUAUAAAAAACCUAUUUCUCUUCCUAUCACUGUCAAAAGUAAAAUAAAAUAUGUUAAAGUUAGGCCGGUAAUAAGUAAUCGGCUGUUAUGGGAUCGACAAACAGCAUUUCCUGAUUCUACAUUACGAGGUCCACGACGAGAAAUAAGAUUUGCCUUCGCCGGUGGACGACCGGUACCAUCUAGUAAUUUAAGGCGUGUUAGUUUGAGAGCGAAUUAUCAGAUUUUAAGAAGUGAACUACAAGCUACGCUUGCUCUAGUAGCAUCACGAAGGUUAUUAGUACUUAAAGAUAAAAGAAAGAGAUCAUUCGAUAUUUAUAAUCUAUUAUAUGGUUAUUUAUAGAUUUGUAUGUCCCAGUGUGUAUGAUUUAAAUAAUAAUUUUACGUUUACAUUCGAAUAGCCUUUGAUACAAACAAAUAUUAUUUUUUAAAAGAUUUCAUUUGGUUUCAAAAUACAUAUAAACAUCGUAAUAUUUUCUCGUUAAAGGGAGAAAACAUUAUUUCACAUUUAUACAUAAAGUUUAAGAUUUGUUAUUUAUGACCCUACUUAUAGUAGUACGUUUUUAUAACAAUAUCUUCUGUAUAUUGCUGAAAACUAUAACAUAUUUAUUAAAUUAGUAAUAAGAAAAAGACUGAAGCCAUGACCUCACCGAAAAAAUUGACCUCUCUAUUAAAGACAGUCUUGUAACCCUUGCGGUAAUACACUACGUGGUAAUAUAUGCGAAUUAAUCAAACAUGUAGCCCGAGUAUGCAUCCUUAUCGGUAUCUGAAAUAAAUAUUUUUACCAUCA